AUGUUGGUCGGCGUGUCCACCCUGGCCGGCAUCACUGCCUGGGGCGCAUCUGCCACCUCCCGGCUGGUUGGCUGGGUUUUCCCGGCCGGCCCGCCCCGCCGGGAUCUGUGUGCUCCCUCACUUCCCCCGCGCGAGCCCACUCAGGACCAGCACCCUCUUGGAGUCACCAGCGGCGCACGGGAGUCACAGCCAGCCCGGGACCUGGCACUCAAUGGCCCAGCCGCCCAGAGAGGUGGCUGGCACGCGGGGCAUGGGGAGGCAGGCGUGUCCGUGGCCACUGGCCCCACUCCCAGAGGCAGAUCCCCCUCGCUCGUCUUCGGCUGUGGCCACCGCCGCGGCCGCUGCCGGCCCGCGCUGGCGACCACCACAGCCCACGCCCCGACCCCUACCCCCACCCGCCCUGUCCGGCCCCACCUCCUCCCCACCACCACUGACAGCAGGAGAACCAGCACAAGCCCAGGAGCAUCGCGGCCGCCACCAGGGGCAGCAGACGCCGCCCCUCAGGAGGGAGGGGGCGGGGGCUGGGGCUGGGAGGCCUCAGGCGGGUCGUGGUGGAAGCGGCGCGAGGUGGCCACUGCGGCCAAAAGGUUUGCCCCGGGGCACGGCGGGGCUGGCCUGAAUCGUGCUUGGGCUGGAGGUGCAGGGUCCCGGGGCCUCUGUGGCAGCGCUGAGCAAGCCGCCUCCGGGCCGCCCGCCCGCCCGCGCCACCGUGGUGCCCACACUCGGCCUUGGCAAGGCAAGUCCAGCCGCCCGCCGGCCCUGUCUGUCCGCCUGCCCUGGCGGGCCGUCUUGCUCUCAGCAGCCUCAAAACACUGCGCGCGCCACCGGCUUCUCGCACACACGCCAAAAGCCGCGCGCCAGCUGCCUGGCUCCCUGCUCCCAGCUCUCUCUGCCCCGAACGCCCCUGCCGGGAGGGCGGCGGAGCUCAGCAAAAGGUCGGCCCGCUGCCCCGGGCCGCCGCCAGACGCCGGCCCCGGGCUCGCCCCAGCACACUCUCGCCGCCGCCGCCGCCGCAUCCCUGCCCCGACGCCCCGUCAGCGGGAGGCUCUGCGCCGCCGCCGGCGCCACCAGCAGCCCACCAGCAACCCCAUCCGCGCCAGCUCUACGCAGCGGCCGGGGUCCACCGGCCCCACCGCCCCGGGGCGGCGCUCCCGCGGCCUUGCGGCCCCCCGGCCGUUCGCUCCCCGCCGCGGCCCGCGAACGCCUCCGCCCUCACCCCCGGGGGGCAACGCGGGGCACGCGGCUUCCAGCAGCCAGCUGGCCAAAGCCCUUCUCCACCGUGCGCUGGGCGAGGCCACUUCCCACGACGACAGGGGGACACGGGAGCCAGCCGCCUGCAGGCGUCACGGCGCUCUGCCGCGCCGCGCCGGUCGCGAGCCUAGGAGCCCACUGAGGCAGCCCCUGUGGGCGGGCGGGCCGCAAGAUCCGGCUAUUGUCGGGCAAGGCCGUGGGGGUGGCCAAGGAGGCCGUCGCUCCGCCGUGGCGACCGAGCGCCCGGCGACGACAGAGGGCUCAGGCUGGAGGGCUGCACCGGCGGGGAUACUCACCACUAUACUAACGAGGACGGCGGCGACCGCCCUGCCGCCCGGCCCCUCUCGGGCUCUCGGGCUGCCUGCCCACGCCUCCCCCGUGCCCAGCACGGGCCCCGACCCGACCGCCCACCAAACCAACCGCCUCGGUCACAGAGGCGGCCCGCGACCCCGACACGGACCCGGACCCCCCGGGGCACUGGACACUCCUCGUGCGCGCCGCCUCUUGCCUCCAACGCGGCCAUUCCGCCGGGAGAAGGGGGUCCGAGAAGGCAAGCGAGGCUGCGAGGACACGGUGGGCGCGCGCCGGCCCGCGUCUGGCGAGGAGGGGCGCGGACGGCCGCCUGCCUGCCUGGCGCGGCGCACCGCGCGGCCCGCCACGGGCGCCGGGGCUCGCGCCGCGUCGGGUCUCAGCCAGGCGAGCGGCCACGCGCCCGCCCAGGCCCGCCCCUUUCUCCACACACGCCCGCCCCCCGCCACCAGGAACCUUCAGUCCUUCUCAGCGCAGCUUUCCUCCCCAGGUGUCUGCGGCUGCAGCUGCUGCUUUUCCGGCCUCCCCGCCUGCGCCUCGCGCACCCUCGCCCACCCUCCCACUCGCAAGGCCCCACCCCGCCCCACCCCCGUCGGCGCCGACGCACGCGGCCCCGCGCCGGGUGGCGAGCCCUCCUCGCUUCGCGGGCGCCGCGACUUCUGCCUGCUGAACGGCCAAGUCGCUCUCGCAGCCUUGCUUCCACGUCCGCCCCCGGCCGCUCCCCCUCCGGCCGGCACCCUGUCGUCCGCGCCCGCGCCGCCGGCCCGCCUGCGCCACCCAGCCACACCCAGGCGGCCGAGCCCCCCCCCCGCCUUGCCCGCCAGGGGGCUGCUGCGUGCCCUCCACGCUUCUCCGCCUUGCGGCCUCGGCCGGGCCACACCUGCCUGCCUCCCGCCCGGGACGCGCGCCACGCACCCUUGCUGCGGGCCGGCGAACACCGGCCUUCCGUGCACGAACCCGUCCCGGGAAGGGCGCUCGGCUGGGGUGGGAGCGGAAGCCCUGCGUGCCCGUCCAGCCCAGCCACAGGCGCCCAGCCCGCGCCCCGGCCCUCGGCGCCACCGCGCCCGUUCCCGGGGGGAGGGGGGGGAAGCCGCCGCCCGGGCCGGAGCCAAGCGCGGCCUGGCGUGCUCCCUGCCUCAGCCGGCAGUCCCCGAGCCAGGAGCCGCUCUGCCCAAGGGCCCCUCCUCACCACCACCACCACCCACCCUGUCAGAGCGGAGCGCCCGCGAGCGCCGUCGGCCAGAGCGCAGGAGCCAGGCUCACAACGCCUUUGGGUCCUGGGGCCUGAGCGCCGCUCGGGGCGGCGGCGGGGGCGCCCCGGGGAGUCGCGCUCCCGCGCUCGCGAGCACCCAGCACAGGCCGAGCCCGGGGUCCCGGCCCCCGCCCGCAAUGGUCGCUGAGAGGAACGUCGGCGCGCGGCCGCGGCGACCACGCAGCGCCUGCCCACGCAGACGGCGUCGGCUCCUGGCCCCCUCGGGCGACACCGACAGCGUCGCGGCGGCCGUGGUCGGCGCAGAAGGCGCGGGACCGGCCGAGUGGGCCGGCGGCCCGCCGCCCCGGGGUCCCUCCGAGAGCGCCGCGCCCUGGGGUCCUGCACGUGCCCGGACCCUGGCUUUGAGGUCGGCCGCCCGUCGUCUCCUGCUCGGAUGGAGCAGACAGAUGCCCACUGGGCGAGCGGUGAGCAGUGACGGGCGGGUGUUGGCCAGCGCCUCUGGGGCGGCGUCGGGCGGCGGCGGCCACCGGUGCAUGGGUGGUUCAGUGCUGCCCACGACCCCUCCCGCCCCCACACACGGCCCUGCUGCCAAGCCGCUGUGGCCCCAAGCCCUGCGGGCUCAGCCGCCCGUGUGCCCAGACACCUCCCUUGUGGUUGCUGGCUUCCUCACGCGGACCCAGCCGGUGGCUCACGGAUUGCGCUGGAAGGCACACCCCACCUCUGGCAGCCGCCGGCCCCACCUCUUCACCUUUCCCAACGUCUGUCUCCAAGCUCCCUGGCUCACUCUCGCCACACUCCGAGAAUCAAUCACCCUCCCAUCAGCCCUGCUCCGCCAGUAA